GACACGCUGUAUGGUCUGGCCUGCUCCGCGAGCUGCUCGGCGGCCCUGGGCUGCGUCUAUCGCCUCAAGGGCCGCAGCGAGGCCAAGCCGCUGGCCGUGUGCCUGGGCCGCGUGGCCGACGUCUACAGGUACUGCCAGGUGAGCGUACCCAAGGAGCUCCUGGAGGACCUGUUGCCAGGACCAGUGACCCUGGUGAUGCAGCGCUCCGGAGAGCUCAACAAAGAUCUGAACCCCUUUACUCCUCUGGUUGGCAUCCGGAUACCUAACCACGCCUUCAUGCUGGACUUGGCCCAAACGUUUGGGGGACCAAUUGCACUCACCAGUGCCAACCUCAGCUCCCAAGCCAGUUCUCUGAGUGUUGAGGAGUUCCAAGACCUCUGGCCUCACUUGUCCCUGGUCAUUGAUGGGGGACCAAUUGGAGAUAGUCAGAGCCCUGAGUGCCGCCUUGGCUCUACUGUGGUUGACUUAUCUGUGCCUGGAAAGUUUACCAUUAUUCGCCCGGGUUGUGCUCUGGAAAACACUACAACCAUCCUCCAACAGAAAUAUGGGCUGCUCCCUUCACAGGGGUCCUGCUCAUGAAGAUUGGGAGGAUUGGAGGACUAUGCUGGAUACUGUGUGUCUGCUAACUGGUUAGCAAGGCCUCAUUGGCAGAGGCUCCUGGAGCUACGCAUGUAGCCUGGCUUUUUAGGGAACAUCUCUCUCUGAAUACUGUAGUCCAGAAGCUGCAGGUUGAGCCUUGUAGGUUCUUAUAUCAAUCAAAAAUUGAACAAAGGUAAGAACAUUCUUAGAAGCCUGGCGGUGGUAGCACACACCUUUAAUCCCAGCACUCGGGAGGCAGAGGCAGGUGGUUCUCUGUGAGUUCGAGGCCAGCCUGGUCUACAAGAGCUAGUUCCAGGACAGGUUCCAAAGCUACAGAGAAACCCUGUCUCAGAGAAAAAAACAAAACAAAACAUUCUUAGAUCGGCCUUACUAUUUUAAGGCCUUUAAAGUCAAAAGUAAAUUGAGUACAGAAUUAGAAUGUAUUAAGAGCUUGUUUCUGGUGACAGUGGCACUUCAUAUCAACUCAGCUAGAAGCACUAGUGUGUUCUAGAAGUCUCAGGACCAAUGCAGGAAAGCCCAAGACAGCUUUCCUGAGUGUCAGAGAGGUCAUUUUAGGGAAACUAUCUUGGGGGUUCCAAGUGAAAUAAUACUGGAAAAUAAAAUCUUGACUGUUCA